GCAAUGCAAUCACAUUUUUCACCUCCCGGCCUUUGUCCUUUUCUUGGUGGCGCCCAUUUCACAUUCAUUUUUUGUGCUUAUUAAAACUCAAAUUAAAUCUCCUUUUCAUCAAUGAAAAAAUCUUGCUCUAAAAAAGGGAAUUUUUUUAAUUUAAUUUUUUAAGUGAGAUUAAGCAGGAAUUAUGAUGCCUAAACUGGGAAAUUUGAGGUUAUUUUUAGUAAAACCCAUGAAGAUUUUCUGGGUUUUAGGUGUUAUAAUUGUGUUAAUUUCAUGGCAAAAAGUGGAUUGUUUUGAGGGAUUAAAUGUGACAGAGAUGGUUGCUUAUGAUGAGCAGAAGUAUGGGUGGGUUCUUGAUAAUAAACCUCUUAUGGUGGGUCUCACUCUCAUUUCUUCUGCUGCUGCUAAAGGAGCUGUCUGCUUGGAUGGAUCAUUACCGGGUUACCAUCUCCACCGGGGAUACGGAUCAGGGGCAAACAGUUGGCUAGUUCAACUUGAGGGGGGAGGAUGGUGUGAUACAAUCAGAAAUUGUGUAUAUAGAAAGAAAACACGUCAUGGUUCCUCAAAGUACAUGGAGAAAUUCUUAGCAUUUCCGGGAUUACUUAGCAAUAAGCUUUCAGAAAAUCCUGAUUUUUACAAUUGGAACCGAGUGAAGAUUCGUUAUUGUGAUGGCGGCUCAUUCAGUGGGGACAGCCAAAAUGAGAAAGCACAAUUGUACUUUAGAGGACAGCGCAUAUAUUCAGCUGCUAUGGAAGAAUUAAAGUCGCUAGGAAUGAGGUAUGCAAAUCAGGCUCUACUCUCUGGAUGUUCGGCUGGAGGUGUGGCAUCGAUUCUUCAUUGUGAUGAGUUCCGUUCAUUGUUCCCAGGACAUACAAGAGUCAAGUGCCUAAGUGAUGCUGGGUUGUUCCUUGAUGCAAUUGACGUGGCGGGUCAUCGCACUAUGAGAAAAUUAUUCGGGAGUCUUGUUCGGUUGCAGGGUGUGGGUCCACACCUUCCUCGCAGCUGUACUAGUCGCCUAAAUCCAAUCAUGUGCUUCUUCCCCCAUCGUUUAAUAGCAGAUGUAAAGACGCCAUUAUUUCUCGUUAAUGCAGCAUAUGAUGCAUGGCAGAUUCAGGCAAGUUUGGCUCCUGCAUCUUCUGAUCCUCAAGGAAAAUGGUAUGCUUGCAAGUUGAAUAAUGCACACUGCAGUGCUCCACAAAUGCGAUUUCUCCAAGGUUUUAGAAGACAGAUGCUGGGUGCAAUAACGCGCUUUGGCAAGUUCAGAAAGAACGGGUAUUUCAUUAAUUCAUGCUUCGCUCAUGGCCAGACUGAGAGACAGGAUACAUGGCGUGCUCCCGGUUCACCUCAUAUCGGAAAUAAAGGGAUCGCAGACGCAGUCGGCAACUGGUAUUUUGAUCGAGCUGAGACCAAAAUCAUUGACUGCCCUUAUCCUUGUGACAGAACUUGUCACAAUUUGGUUUUUCAACAUCUUUGAAACCCACAUUCAAUUUUCUACACACACACCCUUCACUCCCCCACCCCAAAAAAAAUACCAAUAUAGCUAGUGUUGGCACAUGAUACCACAGAAAUACAUACCAAAUGCUCAAAUACCAUGUACUUCGUACUUGAUAUUCUAUAUCAAUAAAAAUGUUUUCUUCGUCUGUUUGAAAGACAAUAUAGAUUUCUCGAGGGGAUGUAGACGCGCGUACCUAUUGUAGUUAAAAUUGGAAUUUGUUUACUUAAUAGCAUUUAUGCUUGUGUUAAGCGCGCUUUAGUUUUUGUUGGAAAGCUUCAAUGUUCAACGAGUCUGUGGAUUAUACAGGUCCAUUGAUUUAAAUUUGGAAGUGUAGAGCUAGAGGCCAAGCAUUUGUACUGUAAAUUUAGAAGUGUAUAGCUAGAGGCCAAGCAUAUGUACUGAAAAUGGUUGAAAUGCGGUGUCUAGUAUGUUGAAUCAAUGGCUGUAAAGGAAUGCAGUAUGCAGAAGCAUGCACUUCAGCAAGCCUAGAAAACUCUAUUUGGUACUUAUAAAAUUGUACUCUGUAUCUACUUAUUUGGGUACCAGCUAAUCCUAUUUCAGUACCAAUAAAGAAUUAUAUUUAUUUAUAAGUUAA